AUGGAACAUGCUUCCCCUCACUCUUUGCCUUGGGGCGGGGCAGGAGAGUCCCCAGGCCAGCCUCGAACCCCGUGCCUGGAAGAGGCUGAUAAGGAGGCCGGGGCGGCGGCAGCCGCGGAGGCCUGCGUUUCUAUAGCUCCUGGGUCACGGGCGCUCUGUCGCUUGAACGAGUUUCAGGCAGAGGCCACGGAAGCAAGCCAUUCCUGCAGCUUUCUGCCGAAGCCCUGCAAGGUGCUGGUGCUGCUAAACCCCCGGGGAGGAACCGGCAGGGCCCUGCACCUCUUCCGGAACCGAGUGCAGCCCAUGCUAGAAGAAGCAGGUGUCUCCUUCACCUUGCGUCUGACGGAGCGGCGGAACCACGCGAGGGAACUGGUGCGGGACGAGAACCUUUCCUCCUGGGACGCCCUGGUGGUGAUGUCCGGAGACGGGCUGAUGCAUGAGGUGGUGAAUGGCCUGAUGGAACGACCUGACUGGGAAACAGCAAUUCAGAAGCCUCUCUGUAGCCUUCCAGCGGGCUCCGGCAAUGCUUUGGCUGCAUCCGUGAACCAUUAUGCAGGCAACGAACAGGUGACCAACGAGGACCUGUUGACCAACUGUACGCAGCUGCUGUGUCGUCGAGGGCUUUCUCCCAUGAACCUGCUUUCCCUACACACAGCCUCAGGCAGACGCCUCUUCUCCGUGCUCAGCCUGGGCUGGGGCUUUGUUGCGGACGUGGAUGUGGAGAGCGAAAAGUACCGGUGCCUGGGCAAAAUUCGCUUUACGCUGGGCACAUUCCUGCGCCUGGCUGCCCUGCGCACCUACCACGGCACGUUAGCCUAUCUCCCGGUUGGAGCGCCUUCUUCAGAGAACUCAGCUGGACCUCCCCCGGGCCAGGACCAGCCAGGUCCCGUGGAUUCCCUCCUGGUGCCUCUGGGGCAGCCAGUGCCGCACAACUGGACGGUGGUGCCUCACCACGAAUUUGUGUUGGUGCUGGUUCUCCUGCACUCCCACCUGGGCAGCGAGAUGUAUGCUGCCCCCAUGGCUCGGGGUGCCGCAGGGGUUAUGCAUCUGUUCUAUCUGCGGGCUGGUGUGCCCCGGGCUACGCUGCUGCGUCUUUUCCUGGCCAUGGAAAAGGGGACACACUUGGACCUGGGCUGCCCUAAUUUGGUGUACGUGCCUGUGGUGGCCUUCCGCCUAGAACCUCAUGAUCCCAGGGGAGUGCUUACAGUGGAUGGGGAGCAGCUGGUCAGUGAGGCUGUCCAAGGCCAGGUCCACCCUGGAGGCUUCCAGUUGGUCAGUGGCUGUUCAGAACUAAAGCCUGGUCCGGAGCCAAAGCCCUUACCCUGUUCAGAAGACUCUGCUUCUUCGGAGUUCACUUCUUAAACGGGGCCCUAUUUAGGGCUUGUGGACUCUGUUGGACUUGCAAUAAAUAAUGCAGGGCCUUACUCUGCUUUGCCAACGGGAGUGCCUUACCCCUAAGCCUAGAGGGAAUUCCUCCCCAGGAUAGAUGGUGUUGCAGGACUCCAAAGUGAGGCAAGUUGGCUCUUUUCGAUGUCCAAGAUAUGCCCACUUCAGGCCCAGAAUUAAUUGAACCCUGUCACCUAGGUGUAGCAUACUAAACUGAGCAAUCUAAAUAAAAUGACUUUUCCAGGUUACCUAGUCCAUCUCUGGGGGUAAGGAAAAAGUGGGACCUUGGCCCUAAGUGGCCCUAAAUGAUAAGGUGCUUUACAAUGACAAAGUACUUAAAAUCCAGGAUCAUUUGAGCAAUAAUAAGGAAAAAGAACUUGUUUGUUAUUUACCCAAGGUCAAUGAUAAGACCAGAAACAUGAACUUUAAGUUCAUCACGUUAGAACAGAGGUGUCAAACUUUGGCCUGCAAAACUCCCGAGGGCAGCCCAAAUCAAAAAAUAUAAUUGUAAAAUAUUUUUAAAAAUAAAAAAAAAAAUUAGCAUGUGGUUUUCUAAGUCAAUAUGCAGCCCACAGGGAUCCUGAGGUACCCUUUAGUUGUCCAGUUACUAUCGAGUUCAAUAUUGCUGUUCUCCAAGGCGCUGGGUAGAGAGCAGAACA